AUACAACGGCAAGUUAGAAAGGUGCCAGCAUUCAAUCAAGCAUAUGGCAGUCUAAGGGUAUCAUAGCCCCAAGUGUGUUGCAAUUCAAGUGUAUCACAGAUCAAGUGUCAUCGCUCAAGUAUCAUAGCUCAAGUGUAUCACAGCUGAAGUGUCAAAGUAUCACAGUCCAACUGUAUCACAAUAUGAGAUUGGAAUUCUAACUUUCUCCUUGUUCCAUUCCGCAUUUAAUUUCUAUACCAAAGGAGGACGCAACACUUCAAAACACCACCAUCUGUUUAAAAAAGAAACCGCUAUUCCCCUCCGUGUAUAGUUGCUGAGUGUGUUAGUAAAAGAGAAAACGUACCGAAGUAACUCAUCAAAAAAUGAGUCAACGAGGGAUUGCUUUGACUUUCAGACUGCUGUUACUGUGGGCGUGGGCGGCCUUCUGCCUCACCCAGGCUCCCCGGGACGUUCAAGUCAAACCCAACCUCAUCAGCAGCGCCUCAGGUGGGAAGGUGGCAGCAGUGAACAUAACCUGCGUGAAUGUUGAGGAGGUUAUACUGGAGGUCAAGUUGAUACGAGACAUUAUCAAUAACUUUAAGGACAAUUACGCACAGCAGGAGUACUUUAACGCUAACUGGACGAUUCUGGACCAACAUUUUGACCGUAGUAGAGACAACAUAUCGGUAGAGAUUUGUGACCUGGAGGAGAAGGAGUGUAUGUAUGUGCUGCCAACCCUGCCACCGCCUCCCUACCACCCCCCACACAACGACCACGAGGUCAAGAACCUCCUCGUUAUCAUUCUUGGCUAUAUCCAGCGUUACACUAUAGCAUUCGAGACACUCUUUAUGGACCAAUCGCUUUACGAGGACGUCUUUUUGAGCAAUAUGUCCAGCGUCCACGCCAACUUGGAAGACCUGAUUGAAUCCCUAGUGACCUCGGUGAGUCUGUGUGACAGGGUGCCUAACCAACUCCUCAUCGGGGAACUGUCUGUAAGGAUGUACAAGGGUGGCAACACCGUCCUGCGCAACGAGCGAGGCUUCAGGGUCCUCCGCCAGACUCUUCUGGGACUACAGUACAUCAUCGACGUCUUGGGCCCACUAGUUAAUGCCAGGCCCUGAGUUGACAGAUGAGUGGUUGCUGGCAGCAAGAGUUGGUUACAAAGCUUCUGUUAUAUUGAGCUAAGUCCAGUUUGAAGGUGGUUUAUGUCACAUGUUUUUUUGAUUAGAAUUACUUGUAAUUAUAUGAUAUUCCUCGAUUAUAUAUCUAAUUUUUCUUUAGCAGCGGAAAUUUAGUUUUACCAUCAUUGAGAAUAUACCUAAAUACAAAUAAUUUUACACAUACACUUGCGUCCCAUGUGAGCCAAAUUACCAACAAACUUCUCCUUAUAUUAGUUGUUUACUCACAGUAAUAAAGGCAUGUACCGUAA